GUAAAUGUGACAACUUGUAUUUUCAUGAUUGUUAGAUGUGACAAUCACAGUAUAUGAAUCUUCAAACUUGGAAACUCGAAACUGGAUUUCGAGUCAAUUUUCCUCGCCAUGUCUACCCAGAAUUUACCUACUAAGAGCUCGAGCUCCACAGACUUUUAUCCUUCUCUUUAUCAACGACUUUCUAUUCGAAACUGACUCCUAUUUACGUUGACAAUAACCCAAAAAUGUUUCGCAAGAUCAAGAAAACGUUCCGAAACAAUGCUUCAGGGAAACAACAGUUUGAAGAUGGUGAACGGCUUCUUGCAGGGUCUGAACAGCUUCAAUCAUCACACCAAGGUACACACCAAUCUAAUAAGAAAGCUCCAAAUCUCCUCUUUCUCUCUUUGGGUAGACGUCGAAACAAUAGAGAUCCUCGCAGCCUUUCAUCAGCACUAGAAACCAGAGUUCAGCAAACGCCUCAAUAUACCCCCCAUUCUCCUCAUCAUCCACCACGUCGUAAUCAACAUUCUAGUUCUCGUUCUAUUCAAAGCAAUGAAAAUGGCCGUCCAUCUACAUCCACACGAGCCGAAAGUGUUAGAUCAAGCUCUGCUAGUCAUCAUACUACAUCAAAUGUGAGCCGUACAAAGAGGCAUCCUCGAGAGGUAGUUAUACACAAUGGACCAUCUGGAAAUGAGUUUCGUUCCUCCUAUGCAUCAUCAAGGGACGAGCCUCAUUCUUCCGUUGCAAGAUACAUAACUGUGGAACGGUCAAGUGUGAAAAAGUAAGCUCUCUUUAUGAUUGAACACCUCCCCUUCCAAUCGAACUCCAACACCCGUGAUGAAAUAUAUUUGAGCAGAUUGCUAAACUAAAGUUCUCGGAUCCAGAUUACGCGCCCGUUCACCUCGAACUCUUGAAAAAGAGAAGUAGUGCUGUCGUAACCAUGAGCAAGGCACAUCAAGAUGUGAAGAUUUUGUUUUGUAAUUCACGAGAACAGAUUAAGUAAACAGAUGAAGUAUCAAAGUAAGAAAAAUUUGGUAGGAGAAACA